AUGAACGACGAGGAACAGGAUUGGGACAGUCUGGAAUAUGUAGACUGCAACAGUCUGGAACACGCUCCACCUACAUCUACGCCAACUACAGCACCUGUUUCCAUUCUUCGUCCUGCAAGAAAAGAUUGGAAAUCACCGAGAACCACCAAUCGUGUCAGUUUCACCCUGACCAAUCAGAGAAGAAACUUCAUGCCAGACCCGGAAGAUAUUCAAUCCAGGAAGAAUCGAAUUCGAGACAUUUACAGUCAGAUUAGAUAUCAUGGACUAUGCAAGUAUUUUGAAGAACGAGUGCUUCCCCAGCUGCGGAGUACUGUGAUGGCCAAGAGGAAGGCCAAGAGAAAGGCCAAGAAAAAGGUUCAUCGAAAGAUUGAUUUCAAACCUACCCUUCCUGUCAUUACUGAAGAUCCAGAAGAAGAAGACAAGAACCACUUUGACUCGUCUUUGGAUGCUGGAUUAAUUGAUGAAGACAUUGAUUCGGAAGGUCCAAGCUUUGCACUUGCGCUUGAGAAUCACCACCAAAUGCUUCGCACAACCGUCCUUCCUGAUAUGCUCUCCAAUAUUCCCGUACCAAUGGAUUUGGAUGAUGACGACAACGUCGAGCCCAAUGACAUGCAAGAUGAAGCACCACGAUUGUCACUCAAGAGAACUGCAACUUGCUCCCUUGUUUCCUCCCGGCCUACCAAGCGUCGCAAAUUGAAUUCAUCUACGGUUCCAACUUCUGCUACAGAAUGGGCCAAACGAAUCAAUGAACGAUUCACUCCUUUGCUACCUGUCAUUAUUGAAGAUCCAGAAGAAGAAGACAUCAUCAUGAGUACUUUUGACUUGUCUUUGGAUGCUGGAUUGAUUGAUGACAACAGCGACUCUGACGUUGCAAGCUUCGCCAAAGGAGACGACGAGGUUUUCUUCCCCAUGAACGACGAGGAACAGGAUUGGGACAGUCUGGAAUAUGUAGACUGCAACAGUCUGGAACACGCUCCACCUACAUCUACGCCAACUACAGCACCUGUUUCCAUUCUUCGUCCUGCAAGAAAAGAUUGGAAAUCACCGAGAACCACCAAUCGUGUCAGUUUCACCCUGACCAAUCAGAGAAGAAACUUCAUGCCAGACCCGGAAGAUAUUCAAUCCAGGAAGAAUCGAAUUCGAGACAUUUACAGUCAGAUUAGAUAUCAUGGACUAUGCAAGUAUUUUGAAGAACGAGUGCUUCCCCAGCUGCGGAGUACUGUGAUGGCCAAGAGGAAGGCCAAGAGAAAGGCCAAGAAAAAGGUUCAUCGAAAGAUUGAUUUCAAACCUACCCUUCCUGUCAUUACUGAAGAUCCAGAAGAAGAAGACAAGAACCACUUUGACUCGUCUUUGGAUGCUGGAUUAAUUGAUGAAGACAUUGAUUCGGAAGGUCCAAGCUUUGCACUUGCGCUUGAGAAUCACCACCAAAUGCUUCGCACAACCGUCCUUCCUGAUAUGCUCUCCAAUAUUCCCGUACCAAUGGAUUUGGAUGAUGACGACAACGUCGAGCCCAAUGACAUGCAAGAUGAAGCACCACGAUUGUCACUCAAGAGAACUGCAACUUGCUCCCUUGUUUCCUCCCGGCCUACCAAGCGUCGCAAAUUGAAUUCAUCUACGGUUCCAACUUCUGCUACAGAAUGGGCCAAACGAAUCAAUGAACGAUUCACUCCUUUGCUACCUGUCAUUUUUGAAGAUCCAGAAGAAGAAGAAGAACAAGACAACUUUAGCGAUAUUGAAUCGUCUUUGGAUGCUGGAUUGAUUGAUGACGGCAUUGAUUCUACCGAGGAUCCUUUGGAGGAUACUAUCAUCGAUGACGACAUUCCGGCACCACCGCCCGAGGACUCUGACAUCGCAGCUACUAUUGAUAUUCCUCCUGAUGGGAUGGGAUCGGGAUGGACCGAGUCUGGAAAGCGCUACAGCCUUCGACGGGCCAAGCUUCUCAUUCCACAUGCAGAGGAUACUUUCACCGAAGCUUUGGGAUCUGGCAUGACGGAACAAGGAAGACGAUACAGUCGCCGAGUGGCAAAUCGACGAAACGGUGCCAAUUAA